AUGACGCCGAAUCCAGUUCCGCCGCUGCUGGCGGCGGCGCUCGUGCUCCGCUCCAGAGCCGAGUUCCAGAGCCUCCCUCACGUCGUUGACGCUAUGUCCCAAUUUCUCGACACUUCAGCGACCUCUUCACCGCUCGAAGCGGCCAAAUUGGGCUCUGGCAAGCUUCUGGGCCGCAUUUGGUACAGCAGCGACCAGUUCGUGAAUUCCGGGACUGAACCGACGGAGGAGACUUGGCUACGCAAGUUCCUCCGCACCGAUAAGCACUACCAGCAAUAUGUCUUUCUGUUUGGGUUGGAGAAGGCCGUUAAUUCUGAAAAUGUGGAGCUGGUCAAGUGGUUUUUGAGCAAGUUUCAGGGUCUCACGGUCUCGUCGGAGUUGGUGGCCCGAGCUUGUCUGGUUGGGUCCUUGGAGAUCUUGCAGCUCUUUACGCCAAUGACAACCGGACGCUGGAGCAGAAGGGGGUUUACGGACUGGGGAACAACACGCAGACUACAACCUCAACGCUGCACUGUAGCGCUGACAAUGGGGGAUAUUCUGAUCGCUGAGUGGCUGAUCUCGCAGAGGGCUGCGUGGCCUGAGCGUGACGAACAUGGAGAUGGAGGUAUCGCUGACGAGAUUGUGGCUCGGGGACGCGUGGACUUCCUGCAAUGGCUGGAAGAGAGGGGAAAGCUGGAUAAAGUUCCCGGGUGGAUUGUCAAGGCUGCGGAGAAUGGACACCUUGGCAUGGUGCGCUGGCUAAUUGAGCGCAGUCCUCCUAACGGAGGCAGCCAGGCUAGGACGGCUCUGUUAAAGUGCGAGGCUCAGCUGGCGAUUCACGGUGCCGCCGCCAAUGGACAUCUUGAAGCGGCAAAGUAUCUUCGAGAGUAUACAAAGCCGUACACCAGCCAUCUUCUCGUGGAUCAGCAACAGACUCCUGGGCUGCAGGAAUUGCAAGCGCAGCUCAGAGACGAGCUUGACGUAGAAAACGUGUCUGAUAGCACGAUGAGGACGGCCGCUUUGAACGGGUACCUGAAUGUGGUCAAGUGGCUGUACGCGGAGUACGGCGUGGACAUCUUCGUGAAAAAUUACCGCCAUGAACGCAGCCGCGCCCCACGGACAUCUCGAGAUUGUUAA